AUGUAUAGUCGCAGAACUACUGUGGAAAACAUCACCAACUUUACUACACCUGCUCCUUCCCUGCCAAUUGCCAUUGCAAUUGCUUUCCUCAUGUCUAAAGUGUACCUUUCAGCAUACAAUGCUGCUUCUGCUGUAGCUUGGGCAGCUAUCCUCGGGUCUACGUUUUUGGACGUUCUUCCUGGUGGGUUCUAUGAUACUCACCAAUACACAGAUUAUCCACACAAACUCCUUGUUCGAGUACAAGUGAUCAAUGCUGUGUUUGAAAUCACCCAUGCGCUUACAGGGCUUGUUCCGUCGCCGCUUUCGUCGUUGUUGCUUCAAUUCUUCGCUAGACUUAUCAUCACUGUGGGUAUUUCAUGGUAUGUGCCUGAAUCAGCAGGUAACUACAGUCUUCCAGCGUACGUGGCUCUUUCGGUGGCUUGGUCAGUGACUGAAAUCAUCCGUUACAGCUUCUAUUUCGCCAAACAGCAAGGUUCUGUGCCCGAUACGCUUCAAUGGCUCAGGUACCUGGCUUUCAUCGUUUUGUACCCAUUGGGUGUUGUUAGCGAGCCAUGGGUCGUGGUAUUGACGCUAGACUACGUUCAUGGCUUCUACUACUGGUUCUUGGCCUUGGGCAUGUUCUUGUAUAUCCCUGGGUUUGUCCAGUUGUACGGUUACAUGUUCAAGCAGAGAAGACGGUACUUGGGUCCAGCAAAGAAGACCGAAUAA